AUGAUCUGCAAAGCGCUGGCCCAGGACUUCUCCUGCGUGUUGGAGAUCCGCUACUACUCCACUGGCGGAGGCUUUAUACUCACGGAGGAGGAGAUGCUGUCUGCAGGACCAGCAAGCAGCAAGGCGCCGUUGCCCAUCCCUUUCCGCAGCAUGAGUGACCUCCUGGAGAUCUGUGAGGCUCGAAAGAUGGACAUCGCCUCGGUGGUGCGAACGAACGAAGAGGCGCGCCGCAGUGCAGAGGAGGUGUCAGCAGGUCUCCAAGAGCUGUGGGCGGUGAUGGAGUCGUGCUUAGAACGGGGGCUAGACGAGGAGAAGGCGAACCAAUUGCUGCCGGGGCCUUUGCAGAUGCGGCGCCAGGCCCCACAGCUCUACGCAGCUGCGCUGGAGGAGCAGCACAAGCAGCUGGCAGAGAAGGAUGACACGCGACAGCCAGUGAUGGAGGAGCUGAGGUGGCUCAAUGCCUAUGCGCUGGCAACCAUGGAGGAGAACGCCUGCAUGGGGCGCCUGGUCACUGCGCCCACCAACGGCGCGGCUGGUGUGGUGCCGGCGGUGUUGGCGUACUACAUGAGGCACCUUCGGCCAAAGCAGCCAGAGGCGGAGCGCAAGGAUCCGGAAACCUACCUGCUGACGGCGGCCACGGUGGGCGUGCUGGCGAAGGAGCAUGCUUGCAUCUCCGGGGCCCAGGGUGGAUGCCAGGCAGAGGUUGGCACCGCCACGGCCAUGGCGGCGGCUGGGCUGAUGUCGGUGCUCGGGGGCAGCCCGCAGCAGGUGUCCGCGGCUGCCACCUCAGCGCUGGAGCACAGCCUGGGGAUGACCUGCGACCCCGUGCUGGGCCUCGUACAGGCGCCGUGCAUCGAGCGCAACUCCAUGGGCGCCAUCAAGGCGGUGAACGCGGUGGCGCUGGUGCGGUCCGGGGCCGGCCAAAGUUUGCUGGACCUAGACGGCGUGCUACGGGUUAUGAAGGAGACGGGUUCGGCCAUGGACCGCCGGUACCGGGAGACCGCGCUAGGGGGCCUGGCCGCAGACUACGAGCGCUCGCUGCAGCUGCGGCCCGAGCUGCAAGAGAUGGUCAAGGCAGACAUGGGCUUCAAGCGCAUCCAGCACGGAACCAGGAAGCAGCUGAAACGGCAGGUGACGUACGAGGAUCUGGAGCAGAGCCUUUUCGCGCGGCGCAUGGAGUCGCAAGCCAUGUCCAAGUGCUAA